CUAAAUCUCACUCUCAAAUCAGAGCAGAUCAAGCCUGCGCAAUGGAAUAAAACUCCUCAAUAUUGAUAUGUGAACAUCUCCUGGAUUUCUUUUUUUUUCUUUUUUAUCCCCCCCUCAUUAUUUUUCUGCUAACCAAUUCAUUUCCAGAGUUUGCACUUAAGAAGCAAUGGGGAAAACCAACAGUCUUUCAACACUAUUAUUUAAGUGCUGCUUUUGUGAUUUCUUGAAGGUAAAAAUGCUCACUGCAACAUCCAUUAAUUUCUUCUACUUUGGCCUAUGUUUGCUCACAUUAACCAGCUCUUCUGUUGCUGCUGCCGGCCAAGAAACACUUUGUGGUGCUGAGUUGGUUGAUGCUCUUCAAUUUGUCUGUGGAGAAAGAGGCUUUUAUUUCAGUAA